AGUGGCGCGAGGAGAUGCAAGAGUGCGCCCGCAGUCGGCAACAUGCGCCCCGCGCCCGCGCUGGUCCUGGCCGCUCUCUGCCUGUUGGCGCUGCCCGCCGCCGCCGCCGCCGCCUACUUCGGUCUGACAGGACGUGAUGUCCUGACGCCCUUCCCAGGCCUGGGCACAGCAGCAGCCCCGGCACAGGCUGGUGCCCACCUGAAGCAGUGUGACCUGCUGAAGCUGUCCCGGCGGCAGAAGCAGCUCUGCAGGAGGGAGCCUGGCCUGGCUGAGACCCUGAGGGAUGCGGCACAUCUGGGGCUGCUGGAAUGUCAGUUCCAGUUCAGGCAGGAGCGUUGGAACUGCAGCCUGGAGGGGAGGACUGGCCUGCUCCAGAGAGGCUUCAAGGAAACAGCCUUCCUGUACGCAAUGUCUGCGGCUGCCCUCACGCAUGCGCUGGCCCGGGCCUGCAGUGCUGGGCGCAUGGAGCGUUGCACCUGCGAUGACUCCCCGGGCCUGGAAAGCAGGCAGGCCUGGCAGUGGGGUGUGUGUGGUGACAACCUGAAGUACAGCACCAAGUUCCUAAGCAACUUCCUGGGCCCCAAGAGAGGAAGCAAGGACCUCCGGGCCCGAGCCGAUGCCCACAACACCCAUGUGGGCAUCAAGGCUGUGAAGAGUGGCCUGAGAACCACCUGUAAGUGCCACGGCGUGUCGGGCUCCUGUGCCGUGCGCACCUGCUGGAAGCAGCUUUCCCCGUUUCGCGAGACUGGCGCGGUGCUGAAGCUACGCUAUGACACGGCUGUCAAGGUAUCCAGUGCCACCAACGAGGCUUUGGGCCGUCUGGAGCUAUGGGCACCUGCUAAGCCAGGUGGGCCUGCCAAGGGCCUGGCACCUCGCCCCGGGGACCUGGUCUACAUGGAAGACUCUCCCAGCUUCUGCCGGCCUAGCAAGUACUCUCCAGGCACAGCAGGCCGGGUGUGUUCUCGGGACACGAGCUGCAGCAGCCUGUGCUGUGGGCGAGGCUACGACACCCAGAGCCGCAUGGUGGCUUUCUCCUGCCACUGCCAGGUGCAGUGGUGCUGCCAUGUGGAGUGCCAGCAGUGUGCACAGCAGGAGCUGGUGUAUACCUGCAAGCGCUAGGCCUCCACCGGGUGAGACUGUGGUUCUGCCAGGACUCCCACCACACAGGACACCGGCAAGCACCUACCUGCCGGUGCACCGGCCGUGCACCAGAGUGUGCCCCUCAUCUCCCCCAACAGAUCGUUGGCCUGCCUUCUGCCUUCCCCGCUAUUCGGAGAGAGAAACAAAGCCCUGCCUCUGAGUCCCGGGAUCGCCAACCUGGCUGAGGACUUGGGACAGAACAGCCUAAGAAGAGAGGGGAGUCUGUGAGGACCAGGGCAGGGCAUGAGUGAUGCUAUGCCGGAAGAGAGGAACAGCUUCCUGUCUCAAGGCCAAUAAAAAUUGGGAGGAUAUGGAAGAAGAAGGCGGAGCCGGCUGGAGCGGGGAGCAUUCAGCUGAGCGUGGCCAAACUGUUGUGACCCCACUCCGAUGGCAGAGAGCUCUGGGUGUCACAUGCCUGCCUUGGUGGGGAGGUGGGGGGGGGACACUUUGCGCACUGGAGACUGUUCAGGAUGUUUAUUGGGAGCAAGGAAAGCUUUUUAGGCUUGGGUGGCUCAGUUCACAGAACCUGUGUACUCUGAAGUCUUACGUCCUGGCCCUCAGGGCUGCCUCCUUGUGUCCUUGUCUUGAAAGCCGAGUCCCCCACAGCCAUUCAGCUCUGCUCAACGAGACCCCUAAUGCUCAUAAGAAGGGCAGUGCCGAAGCCAGUCUCCAAAGUGGGACUCAGAUAACGCAACCAGGGUUGAGUCCGGGAGACAGUGACCCUUUCUCUUUUCCUUGGUGGCCAAAGGAACCUUUCGUCCCAGCCCAGAGGAGGAGAGCUGUGUCCUGAUGGCUGGAUGAGAUAUGGCAGGCUCCGUGUUGAAACACCACCCUGGAGAGUGUUCUACCGAUCCCCUGUGACCGGGGUCUCCCUGAGCUGCGAGGCCCCCAUCCUAGUAACAGAAGAAUGAUUGGCCCCGAGGCCACAUGUCUGCUUACUUCCCUGUUCUCGCGCUGCUUGUUCAGGCUUUAGCCCUGGCUAAGUCUUUGCUAAGCCUCCUCUUCAGUGGUCCCAUUCCUUUACUAAUGGCUCCUUCACUUGGGCUCCUAUCAGAGGAGCAGAAUGACUGAUGACGGAUCAAGUAGGCAUGUUUAAUGUCCCCUACCAAGGUCCUCUGUGGAAGGAGAGAAAGCAGUGCCCAGGUACAGGCCCACACAGACGCCCACACAUAGCCUGGCCAGGGUCAGGUUUCUCAUGGAGCAUUGCGUAUCUCUCCACCCCAGGACAAGGGCCUAACUGGGGUCACUGCUGGAGGCUGUACGCUUCCCCAGAGCAGGGCCCGAGGCCAACCAGGAGGAAGUGACCUCCUUUGGAAAGCCUUUGACCACUUGGCCUGCUGCGCUGCACCCUCCUGUGAGUUUCCUUCCGCCCUGAACCCUGUCGGGGUUACUACCCCUCUAAAGGAACAGGAAGCUUCAGAAUCAGUGGGUGCUCAGCGAACAUCACCCACGCCAGCUCCAGGAAGAAGGCACUAGGGUUCAGAAGGGGCCACCCUAUCUUCCGUGGCCCAGGGCAGCACAAGAAGGCUGGAAAGAUCUCUGAUGGCAGAUGCUCCAGAGAAGAGCCACCAUGACCUGAGACCCAUCCCUGGAACAACUUUGCUGACUGAAGAAGCCCAUCGACAGCCUACAGGGGAAAAGUAGACUGAGGGCUGGUUUUCUAUCUUUCUGCUGAAGAUUGACCUGUUCCUUGGUAAUCUGAGGCAUUUUUCUCCUCUGUGACCCCGACUCCUGCUCUGCCUGGAGGCUACACAGGCAGGAAGGGAGCCUGAAACAACUUGAGGACCAGAGCACUCUGAUCUACAGCCAUAACAUGGUUAGGGGAGCUAGGGAUGCAGAAGCGUCAAAGUUGGACUUGAACUAGGCUUUGGUUGGUCAUUAACACUGAUGCCCUAGGACACCCUCAAUCUGGCCCUCUCCCCCAUUUCCCUUUCUUUCUCCAUGGGCCCUUUUUUCUUCUUCCCCCCUAAAAUCCCACCAUCGUCAUGCUGGGGCCCCUCAGACUGGAACUUUAAGGGAGACGUUCACAGGGUAUUUCUGCCUACCUCAUACGUAUAGUUUUUAGAAAAUAAUUUAUAUAGCUAAGAUAUAUGGGAAAGUAUUUAUGUUAUUUAUAUAGCUUCUCUAUUUCUUGGUCACCAUAUGUGGGGUUCAUGUGUUUACCCAGAGGCCUCUAGGGAAAUACAACUGCAUCUGCCAGGGGUGCUCAUGGAACUAGAUGCCAAGUAGUUGAGGAAGGUCACAGUUGCUGUGUCACAUGGAAGGAAGUCUGUCUUGGAGCCUGGAAGCACACGUCCCUCCUGAGACUGAGCAGAAGCUCUCUUGUAAAGUCUGCAGAAUCUCCGCCUCUGGGCGCCAGGGGCCUUUCUGCUCUGUCCAAAGGGUGUUGCUCACAAAGGACAAAAAGGAUGGGCACUUUCCAUUUUUAGAAACGCUUCUAUCUUUACUCUCCCUUGCCUUCCCCAUUUUCCCUAUGAGGUUAUGUGAGAUGAGGCCAAACCACUGUACCCAUUUUCCAGAUUUGGCCCAGAGGUGGAGGUCUGUGCUUAAAGUCACAGGAAAGAGAACAGUGGGUAAAUAUUGACUUGACCACACCCCAGGAAUGGAGGGAGUGGACCUACUCUGAGAGCCAAAGCCAUCAGUCUCAUUCUGAGCCUAGGAACUAAGAGAGGUCCUUGCCGCGUGUGACCCUGGACUUUCCCCCUGGAUGGCAUGCUAGUUUCUCCAGCAAGCUGAAUCUCCUGUCUCAGGACUGGGACUUCCUGAGAAGCCUGGAGAGACAAAGACCCCGUGGAGGCCAUUCUUGGGGUUCCUGCAGCCCACCCACAUCACCCAAGAUGACCAGGUUAUAGCAUCCAGCCCCUCUCAGCCCACAGAUGAGUUUUGUUUUCUCUUUGAGGUUUUCCCUUUACAAAUGAGCUGUUUCCCACUGGAUUUCUGAUUUUUUUCUUUGAGAAUCAGUGGCACUGGCAAUGGGACUGGCAUCCUGACUGGCUGCCAACAGAAUGCAUGGGGAUCCCCAGCGAGCCCAGUGUCCCCUGCCCUUCGUCAAGCCAUUCACGCUUUCAUCUGGCUUUCAUGGGCACACAGAACCUGUGCCCUGGUCUAGGUAAAGCCAGCUGUUCCGGUACCCUCUGCCGUCUGGCAGACGGAGGACGGCAUAGACUGUGCCAGCCCUAAAGAUCAGGUCUUCCUCCCCAUUGUCUUCCCUCAACAACCGUGAACUUCUGGGGCUUCCCAUCUGAGCACAUAUGAGGACCACAAUGGAAGUCCUUGGUUAAGGGCUGUCACACAUCCAUCCCGCCUCCUGGUGAUUAUCCAGGGAGUUCCUAAUGGAUGCCAGGAGACACUCCGGGUGGUAGGGUGCCACAGUGCCCAAGAGGCAGUCCCGGUCUCAUGGGGCUGCCAUGCUGGAGAGAAGAAAGCCAACAAAGCAAUAAACUAU